GUGGCUCUAAAUGCUGAUAUUGCUACUUGCGCCUUUAUUGUUGCCUUCACGUCUCUUUUUGGAGGCAAGACGACCUCUGAGAUUGCUAAAAAGACGGGUAUUUCAGCACGUAUGAUAAAUUCAAUCAACGCGCGAGUGAUUGAACCAGGACUUAACUCUAAUAAUCUUCCCGUUAAAAUCCGUUACCAAUGCCAAUAA